AUGGCUCCAACAAAUCCCAUCAAAAAAUUUCUUAAGAAAUUUUCAUGUCUAGGCAAGAAAACACAAGUUAACAAUGAUCGUCAAUGCCUUGAUUCAGAUAUUUCCCAAGGCUACAUUGCUGUGUAUGUUGGAGAAAACAGAAUCAAAUAUGUUAUUCCAAUUUCUUUUCUACAUCAACCAGUGUUUCAAAACCUUCUCCGUCAAGCUGAAGAAGAGUUUGGUUUUGAUCAUGAUCGUAAGGGUCUCACUCUUCCUUGCCGCCAAGAUGUUUUUGAGUCCAUUGUUUCUAGUUUGGAUAGAUGA